AAUAGUUGAAAAUUAUGUUUGUUAAUUUUAGUUGGAUUUAAUUUUUUAAUAAUGUUUAAAGUAAAUGUGCUUAUUCUAUUUGUUACUGCACUAUUUUGUGCAUUGACAAUUUCACAAGUUGAAGGAACAGUAAAAUAUGUUCAUCCAAGUCGUCGAAAUGCAAAUGCAAAUUCAAACACAAAUACUAAUUCAAAUACAAAUUCAAAUCGUAAUAAAAAUAGACGAAAUGCUAAUGACGGCAUUAGCAAUGAUACAUUAUUAUCACCUGAAUCAUCAUGUGUUGAAGAAAAAACUGUUGCUGCAGCAAUGGCAGCAGCAGAAGCAACAAAAACAAUAGCAACAGCAUUGCUUCAAGAUUUGAGUGAAACAACUGGUGAUGCUGUUGCUGUGGCAGUAUUAAGAAUAUUAUCAGAUAAAAAAAGACGACCAUCAAGAAGAAGUAUUAAAGCUGCAGCUCGUGGUGCUGUUAUUACUGCAGCAACUCGAAGAAAUUCAAAUAUUAAUAGUAAUACAAAUAUUAAUACAAAUUUCAAUUCAAUUGGUAAAAAACAACCACAACCACAACAACUACAACAACAACAACUAAGAAAACCAAAACGUAUGGGUAGACCAACGGCAACUGGAUAUAUAUAUCAACGUCCAAAUGAAGCACUAAUUCUAGGCCCAAUAUCGUAUGGAAAAUUAAAAGGAUAUGUAAAUAAAUUAGAUCUUGGAUCUUUAAAUGCAGAAAGUGAUUAUUUUGGAAUGCCAAUGGAAGGCACUGGUGGCUUUGAUCAUCAAGGUGAUAUCUAUUAUGAUAGUCUAGAGGAUGAAGAUGAUGAUGAAGAUGAAGAUGAAGAUGCUGAUGAUAAUGAUAAAAAUGAUGAUAGUUCGAAUAAGGAAAAAGAUGAGGCUGUUGAUGCUUCUCCUGAGGAUAAACAUCCAACUCGAGUGAAAAAUAAAAAUAUCAACAUCAAUACAAAUUUCAAUAGCAGAAGAGGUGUUUAUACUCCUGGUCGUUUAUACUAAUCGAAUGUUAUAUUUAAAAAAAUAAAAUAUAUAAAUAAAUAAUCUGAGCUAAAUUUCGAUGUAAUGAACAGAAAAAAAUAAAUAUUAUUCGAAAAUAUUUAUAUGGAAGUUUAAUUAUUACUAUUGCCUAUUUAGCAAAAAAUUAAAAAUUUAUUAAUGAGUAAUUUGAUAAUGAAAAAAGUAAUUAAUUUGUCCAAUGAAUUUAGAAAUUGUUUUUUUUUUUUUUUUUAAAUAAAUUAGAAUUUUUUAAUUUUUAAUUAUUAUUCUGUCAAUAAUUAUACGGAAAAUUUCUUAUCAAGGAUUAUAGUGUUUCGAUGAAAAUGUUGAUUGACAAGCUGAAUAUUGAAAAUUGUAUGGAAAUCAUAGUUAAAUGAUUAAAAUACAUUUGCGAAUAAUAUAAAAGCAUUGUGGUAAGAUGAAAAUUAUUCACAACGUUAGAAAAAAAAAAAAAAAAAACUAUUUAACUUGUUAAUUUAAAAUGGAACAGUCAUUGUUGAUAUUGCUAUGUUUUGUCUCAAUAAUUGGGGUAAUUAUAAAUUGACAUAUUUAACAAAUAAUAAUAAUUUAUAUACCUACAUAAUUAAAAUUGAAUUUUACUUGAUGUAAAUCAGCGAAUAAAUUAUUUUCUU